AUGCCGAAGAAAGGUACAGCGAAUGACAACGCCGACGCGCAACACCAGCAGAUCGCGAAGCCGUAUGAAGGAAAUGCGACCAAACUUUCAAGCAACAUCAAAUGUGAUGUGUCCGUUAUGGAUCUCCUGACUCCUGCCACGAUUGAGUUGGCCAACUACGUCGUCAAACGUUUGAAAGAAGAAGAUCCUGGUGUUUUUGUGCAGAUUAUCGACCAAAACGCACUGCAUCAAGCACUGGCCGUCAACCACUCACCUGUACCGCAAGUCAAGUUCCCCGAAAUUCGCAUUUUUCGUUGGCGUUCCAUCAACUAA